AUGUUAAAUUUACGUGAUUUCAAAGGUGGAAAUACAAGAAAUCGAUUGAAUUACGGACAUGAUAAAGUUGGAGUUUAUAUGUCAGCAUUCUCGGAUUCUGUUGAUUUGUUGUCCAAUAUGUAUAUUAUUUCUGAUAACAAUGCAACACAUGUUUCACUAAACGACUUAAAAGCAUUACGAAUGGUUUCAAACGAACUCGUACCUUAUCCAAUUGAUAAUACGACAUAUCUGACUUCAAGUUUGUCUGAUGAACAGAUCGAUCAACUCACUGGAGUAAUGUUUAUCUGUUCGGUGAAGCAGUUGGGGGAUAUCAAUUUCCACGUCAAGGAUGCGUCUUACCCCCUCACCACACAUUUCCUAAACUACGGUGCAGCCGACUUCACAAUCCUUUUCCUAAACACCAACGUCAACCAAUUCUCCAAUCAGUCCACAACUAUCAGUCAGUGGGAACAAAACUCCGGUUCAUCCGUCUAUCUUUACAUCGGAUAUCCCUUAGACCAACCGGAAGAAGAAAACUCUCAUGUGUUUUCCAAUCCCAUGAAGUUCAACGGUUCCGACAUGUUUUUCCCGAACGUCGAGAAGUUUGCGUUGACCGAUGUGUCGUUUUACUUCAGAACUUUCAAGGGUGGACCUAACUUUAAAGUGGACCCAGGAUUUUUCAACGUUGAUGGGUCAGUGACGACUGCUUACACUACAACAGGAUUCUACAGUAAACCAGUUGGAGAGGCGGACAGCACGAAAACUAUAAACACUUCAAGAGACACAAAGUAUUCGGGAUUCACUGGAGCAAAUAUUAUCGGUUUCCUUCCAAACGGUGGCAACGUGACGUACACCGAAUAUGAUGGAGACCAGUCGGUUUACGUCGCCUAA